UUCGUUCCUUCAUGCUCCUGCUGCCUCAUUCGUCCUUCCUCAAUAUCGUACCUUGUUUGAAGAAAACGCUCAUCAAAACGUAAUUCAACUUCACUUCUUUUACGACUAAGAAACCCCCAAACAAUUCUCUUGAAAAAUCCUCGGUGAAUAAUCAUUCGUAAACAAUUACUCCAGUUAUCAUGGCUAUAACCUCAAAGUGACAAGAUCCUUAUGAAAGAUUCCUUGAGAAAAUGGAAAAGGAAAAAAUCUGGAACCGCAGUAGAAACUAAUGGGCCUGAACUCCAUUGUACGUAACAUUCUACUUGGAAUACCGAUCGGAGUGACAUUCGUCAACACUGUGGGAUAUGUUGCAAGGGUGGAGGGCAUAUCAAUGCAACCAGCACUGAAUCCAAAUGCCAAGGAAUAUGACUAUGUUUUCUUGAAUUGCUGGGCUGUGCACAAUUACAACAUAAAUUACGGCGAAAUUAUUUCGUUCAAGUCACCGAAGCAUCCGGAUCAGAAGUUGAUUAAGAGAGUUAUUGGGCUCGAGGGGGACGAGGUGGGGACCAUUGGAUACAGAAGUUCGGUUCUCAGGGUACCAGAGGGUCAUUGUUGGGUAGAGGGUGAUAAUACAGGUCACUCAGUGGACUCCAACACAUUCGGUCCACUGUCCCUCGGUCUUGUGAUAGCCAAGGCCACCUACAUUGUCUGGCCACCGAGUCGAUGGCAGCAACUGAACCCUUUGGUCCCUCAACACAGAACCCCUCUGAGAGUGUCGAAACAGCCACAGCCAGCGUAAU